AGGUAAUAUUCGUCAAUCACUGUGUUCAAAUGGCUCGUGGAAGAAGGGGUUGCGGUCGUCGCGAGUACAACGAUAGCUUCGGCGAAAAUACACACGAAAUGAACGACAACUACUUCUAUAGGGAAGAACGUCCGAAUCACCGUGGCAGAGGUCGUUACGAUAACCGUGGUGGGGCACGUGGAAAUAGCUUCAGAGAGCGGAAUGACAGUAAUUGGCAUGCGAGGGACAGCUGGCAUGGAGGGCGUCGAAGCGGUUAUGCUGGUUUCUCGACCGGUUCGUUCGGAGUCAUGGGCGAUGCGGACAGCGUGAAUAGGAGUGCUACGGAAUCACCUGAGAUCCGAAUCAACGACGUCCCUCUAGCUAGUGUCGAGGAUCUUGCUUAUAACAGCGGCGAUCAACAGAUUAGUGGGAGUUUGGCUGUCUGCAACACUCCUAAUGUGUCGGGUCCCGAUCCUCCAGUUAUGGAAAGCUCGAGUACAGGCAUUGGCACUGUAAAUUUGUGUACUGUUUCUGAUACUGGCAUUGAAAACACGAACGAUAUUCAUACAGCGAAGGAAUGCGUUCAGGAUGAGCAGACGGAUGGAGGCUGUGAAGGACAAAAGUUGUCCGCAGAGAAAAGAACUGGUGGCGACAUGAUUGAGCAUGGCCUAGUGGUUGGCCAUCGCAUUCGCUCGAUGUCGUACCAUGCCAUGGACAACAAGGAUAUUCCCAAGUUUGCUCAAAGAUCCUACCGCUCAAGUGUCAUUAUAGACGGCAAACUUGGGCAGACCUUGACUUCACAUCGAGCGAACACUUGUAGAAGCAUGCAUCUGGCGACCAGCCACAUGGGUGAAGAUGCGGCUAAUUUCGGCAUUACCGUGCAAAAAUUUACCCUCCCGCCUGCGUCUUCUGAUGUUACCACCGCUAUAGAGAAGUCUAGCCAUGACGGGCGACGCAGCACUGCAUCCGAAAGUGAAGCUGAUAUGGCGCAGUUUGGGGAGGAAAACGAUUCCGCGAGACGUUUCCGAUCAGUGUCUCAGUGUGUCUUGGGUAAAGCAAAGGAUUCUGGAGAUACUAUGCAUGAGGGAGCGGUGGGAUCGCAAUGUUCGGUAUCUAGAACUUUUGAAGGGGAGAAUGAUGGGCUUGUGCGCGAUGAAGAGGCACAAAUCAGAUCUGUGCGGAACGAUGCUCAUUACAAUAACCACCGAUUGAGUAAGCUCUCCAUCCACACAAAUAACGACGAGUUCUUCUAUGUAGGCGGUCACCCACCUUCCGAUGGACGUACGAGCCUUCGAUCUCGCGGCAGCAUGAGCAGACAGAGUAUGCGGUCAACAGACUUUUUGGCUGGCGGUAAUGAAUGGACUGAAAGUGUGCCGAGGUCUGCCAGCAGACAGUCGAUAAAAUCUGUAAAUGAUGAUGUAUGUGACAAUGAGUUACGAGAAGAGGACGAUAACUAUGAGGAUGCUGCAGAGGGCGACCAGUGCUUAGAGCAGCAGACGAUCACUUCACUUCACAACAUACGCAGUUGCACUGGGUCGACGACGACUAGUCCUGAUUAUGUGACGGCUUCGGAGCGGAUCACUUCACCGGAUCGUGUCAGCGAGACCGUCGAAAUGAAUGCAAACAUCGUGGAUGGAUAUGAAACUGAUGAAGUUAAAUCAGCAUCUACUCUUCACAAAUCCGAUGCUGCUGUGAACCAGUCAGCCAGCAAUAUAUCUUACAAAACGGCGAUACCAGCGGAGAUUCGCAACGCACCCGAUGGAAAGAUCACCAGCUGCCGGAAUUGUCAGGAAGUGACUGAAGACCAACAGAGAAGAACUUCUCACACUACUGCCCUACAUUACAUCAAACCCUAUAGACCCUAUGCUUCAGAAUUAGAACUGAGCAGCGCGCAGCACUUGGCAGAUCGCCAAUCGACCGCUAGCGCUUUCAACGUUGCUUAUGAGGAAGAUGCUGGUAGUUUUGCAGCAUCUUCCACACUGUUGAAAACGGCACAAUCAACUUCUCGACAAAAUAUGCAUUCCAAUGCCUUCCACAAGGCUUCUGAAGAACCUCAGACGAAGAGCUUUGUGUCCAACGCUAGCCUUCAUCCAUCAAACCCGAUGAUUGCCAGGAGUGCACAGUCGACAUCGCGAUCAAGCAUCCAUGGAACUGUCUCAAAUACUGCUUGCGGAGGGAUUGGACAGGAGAUUCGUGUUUCACGCGCUACCCUGACUUCUAAUCCUAGCUUGGCUACACCGUCGGCCUCACGUCAGAGCGUUUGCUCAAAUGCUUCUGAUGCUUGUGGAGAUCGACUGUCACAAAAUGAUCACAUGUCCAUUAGCAAUCUUCAGGCGUUAAACCCCAUGGCGUUGAAGACGGCACAGUCGACUUCAAGGCAGAGCAUCCAUGCGAACGGCGCGGACGAAGUUGGUGAUGAAGUGUUGAGUAGAGAACGUUUGCCGUCAGCCUAUUCAUCGAACCCUAUGCUGUGUAGAACUGCACAGUCAACUUCUCGGCAGAGCAUUCAUGCGAAUGCCUCGAACGAAGUUGGCGAUAAAUUUUCAAGUAGAGAUUCGCUCAACGCAAACCUAUACUGUUCGAACCCUAUGUUAGUGAAAACUGCGCAGUCAACUUCUCGGCAGAGCAUUCAUGCAAGCGCUGCAAACACGGCUGAAAGUCGAAGUCUGCUCGAAGAUUACAUCAGUGGUGAUAAUGACGCAUGCAGUCGGCUGGUACAAGAACGUGAACAAAUUAUUACUGGGCAACGUUCGCGCCCAAACCUUUCAAACGUAAGCGUUCAGCAGUCACAGGAAAUCAGUGAACCUAAUCCCAGCCUUCACGCAUCCAAUACUACCUUAAUGAGGGAUGCCAAGCGACUUUCACGACAAAGACUUGUAUCCGACACCGAUCUGCAUGCGUCUGAGCCCUUCCUAGAGACUGCACAGUCAGUUUCGCGCCAAAGUAUUCACUCAAGCGCUCUCUGUCAUGAUUUUGAGGAGUCUUCUGAGAUACAGUCAUCUCAUGUCAGUCUUCACGCAUCUAAUCCUACGCUGACGAGAAUCGCACAACGUUCGCGAGAGAGUGUGCGUUCGAGCGCCUCCAAUUCCAUUUACGGGUUGUCUCCAAGAAUUGGAUCUGGAUCGAAUGUCAAUGUGCAUAGUCUUCACGAACAGUCGGCUUCUCGACUAAGCAGUGUUUCACAUAAUAAUGUGGCCUCAGACGUAUCAAAUGCUGUAACUACAGCCAAUGCCAACCUGCGAGCUUCCAACCCCAUACUUUUGAGUACCGCGCAGUCAGAUUCACGUCACAGCAUUGAAAUAAAUGCGGCCUGCAGGGAAAAAGGUUUGACAUAUACGUCUGAUGCUGGUCUGUACACAUCCAAUCCGGCAAUAGUGAUCCAAUCGGCUUCUCAGCAAAGCCUUAAUUCGAACAGUAAUACUGACAUACCCUCAAACAAUCCGCACUCCCUUGACUUUGGUGGUGUCUCACAAUGGACUACACAAUCAAGUUUACAUCAAAACAUGGGCUCAAGCAAAUGCAGUGUUGCUUGCGAUGAGGACGUUCAACUAUUAUGUAAAUCUUCUGAUAUACAUACUUCGGUUUCUACGUCGGGUAGCUGCAACGUUUUCAACGCACAGCCCGCACCCCCUGCUAGUCUCUUCAGUGAGAACGAGAAUCCCGUAAACCCGGAGACAAAGACAGCGCGAUCUGCUUCUCGACAAAGCAUGCGGAUCGGCUCUUCUGUGGCUGUUAGCGACCAUUGUAAUGACGAGAAUCCACAGAGUCUUCGGAUGUCCCGUGUCAGCCUCAAAGCACCGAGUAUUUCAUCUUUGAAAACUGCUCAGUCCACAUCACGGCAUAGCAUACGCUCAAAUUCCGAUGUUGCUUACGACGAACGUCCAACGAUGCUGUGUGCAUCUGAUGCCAGUCUAAACAAAUCCAAUACCAGACUGCCAAGAAGUGCUCCGUUUUCUUCAGAACAAAAUCUUGCAAAUUCGGAUUUGGCGCAUACAGAUAGUGCACAGCAAGUCGAGGCUUCCAUUGCCGUACUCCACGCAUCUAAUCCUGCACUGACGACUGCGCUGUCGACUUCUGAGGGAGACUUGAAUAGUAAUGUUCCCGUUGUUGCCAGUCGGACCACAUCAGAAAUCAUCCCAGCAAACGAACCUCCUGAAAAUCCUCCAUUGAGGAUUGGCGUGGCUACGAGUUCUCCACUCACGAGGUCACUAUCUUGCUGCAGUGCAAUCAGUCAUUCGGAUUUCAACAAUAAUAGCGACACAAUGCUGACAGCGCGCUAUCCUAGUUCAGCUGAUAUCGUACAGGAGGAUGUGGUUGAUGCUGCGCCCAGACCAACCAUUCGUCGUUCGCUACAAGCAAUACCGACAGCGCUUUCUCGCACAUCAUCUCGUGCCAGCGUUCAUGAAGCGCAAGGCAUGCCGAACGAUGACGUGCAGGUGUUCGAAGGCGCCGGUGGAGGACUAUGGUAUCACUUUAAUGACGAGCGGCGCAGGGCCUCUGCAACCAGCACGAUUCAUCCACCCCGCUCCGAAGAGCUCGUGAUAAAUGCUCAUGGGUCAGAAACCACACAUAUUCCGCCUAAAAAACCUCCUCGAAGUCGAUCAUCGUCCGCUACUCGUAACGAGGUGCAUUUCUCAUCAAUCCCUCAGUUACUCAGUCAUCCAGAUGACCGCUUUGGUGUAGAAAUGAGUGGAGAGCCAUACCGAUCUUCAUCGGAGCAUGAGCUGACACCGCAUGCGCAGAAGACUGGUUCCAAACUGAGCGUUGCAACCGCUGUAGCGGCUGAGAAUGUUCCGUAUAAUGCUGAGGUUGACGUGCAAAGUGGCAUGAUGACGGUUCCUACACGGAGGUCCUCCGUUCCCGAAAUCAUCACUGCUGGUAACGAUCCUCCAAGUCGAACACCGUCGCUGAAAAGCGUGGAUAUCGUGCCGUCACCACUAGUUGUUACGGACGCUCUCACGCCAAAACGUGCACCAUACGAGUUGAAGGACGGAGAAGUGUACGAUUCGCCGGCUAGCUUCAACAGAACCCUAUUCACGCGGGACGCAUUUUUGCGAAGAAGAUACAGAGAGCCUGAGCGUGCCGAAGUGGGAAUCCAAACAGGAGAAACAAUACGUCUUCGCCAGAAAAUGUCAUUCGAAGAAGGACCCACGACUGUGAUUGAGACUGUCACCAGCACUUGUGUCGCGCCACUGCAGCCUAAUCAUGCGAGCUCGGAGAAGUCUGAUGCUUCCAUGGGGAGAAUGGAACAUGUUGCUGCGCCUAUGUUGAAUGCUAUGCUCCAACAACGUCAGAUGCAUGCUGAAUAUAAUAGCACGGGGAACGCCUUUGCGUCAGAAACUUUGAAUAAGCCUGACAGUGCUCAAGUUGGAGAAAUUCGCCUACGUGGACGUGAGAUACCAUAUAACAGAUCCCAAAGACGUUCCUUUAUUGAUAACCAGCACCAUCAGUACGAAACAAGAACUCAUAAGACGUGGAAGAGUAAUACGAGAAGUCAGUAUGAAGAGGGGAAGUUUGAUGAGAAUUGCAACGAGCUAAGAAAUGACUGGGAACAAGCAGAUGCGAGAAAUACGAACGUUUACGUGCUGCAGCGGCAGAAAACCCUUAGUGAAUGUUCGGAUCAAGUAUUCGAGGAGACUGUAAAGCAGAAGAAGUUCCAAGGCCCAACGGAUUCUGAAACAGCAAUCGUCUUUGAGAAACAAGCGGAAGUGAUAGUCGAUCCAAAACUGCGUCAAAAUGUAAAUCAAAGUGUGCUGUCCAACGACGCUCAACAUAUCGGUGCAGCGGUCUCAAAAAGUUCUGGUAUGCCUGUCGCAGCUUACAAUGUUAUACCAAAGAGGACCGCUGAGGAGCUAAGGCAAAAAGUGCUAGCCGAAUCGCGCUCGCCAUCCAAACCCAAAACUGAACGGACAUUUGGGUUUGAUAACCGUUGCGCACAGUCGGAGGCUGAUCGAGUAUCCCUGAGUAAUGUGGCAACGAGAAAUAGCGCUGUCACGAAUGAUUUAUCGUAUGUGCAGCCUUCACGCAUCUCGAUGAAUAUGCCAAAUUCGUCGUCUUUAUAUAGUCCAACAUCUACACGAUGGCCGAAAGGUUCCAGUAUCGAUAGAUCCGAACAAGGUUCGCCGUAUAGAUGGCAAGUUCCAGGUAUAGAUAUUCAUAAAGAAUACAGAGAGCCAGAUGCUCGCUCGAAUGACAGCAAAUUGAGCAGUACUGGGAGUACAGUAAGGCGUCAUGUACCUCGUGGUCGUAUCCGUGACCUCGCCAGACUUUUCGAUAGAAUGACUAGACAAGCUGAAAAAGAAGCUGCAGUACUUCGAGGAAAAUCAGUACAACCUCCAAAGCAUCGUUUCAAGUUCCGCACUCGUUCCAUGCCAAGGCAGCAGGAUCUGAGACGUGAAGAGGAAGAUGAUGAAGAUAGGAAGCAAGUGGAAACGCCUAACGUCGAAGAGCCUUCGGGCUACAAACUCGCUCAGCCAGAUAUCAACUACAACCAAAUGCUCAGUACUGGCCAGCAAGAGCCCAUGAAUAUCCGUAAGCCAAGUAGCGGCGAUGCUCCUGAAACACCUACGGCUAAUCGAUGGUCAAAGAUGCUUGUUGCUGGUCUUGCACCUGGUAUGAUGCACCCCGUAAAUGAUGAAGCCGCCUCGACGGAUAGCCGUUUGGAUCUAAGGAGAACCUCUACACCUAUGCACAACAGAGGCGAUGGGGAUUUAGCGAAGGCUUUUGGUCGCGUGCCAUCCAUACACUCCCCCGAAACAUCAGCUUUAUAUGAGGGAAAACCUGUAGAGAGUGAGUAUGUGGCUAGCACCAAUAAUGAGGAUCAACCGGAGAAUAUCAACGCUGGCCAAUUUUCUGAAAAGCUGGAUGUCAAUCGGGAACCAUCUGAGCACCAUUAUGCGAAGCCUAUGAUUGUCAAACCAAAUUUGCCCCCGCAAAGAAUGUCAGUGAUACAUCCGAACAAUGGUCAGCACGGAUAUUACGUGCAACAGCACAGGCGUAACUAUAGCGAGCAGCUGUAUCGUGGCACCGAUCAAGUUGAUGGUGAACCUAUAUACGCCCGCGUACAGCGCAUCAAUACUAAUCACUACCAGUCUCAAGCUCCGCAACAGGACGUUUAUCCGGCGCGAUCUGGAAAUUCAGCCUCUGCAGAUCGAGCAUUUAGUGAGGAGGAAAAAGUUAAUGGGGAGAUCGACCGCAUGUUUGAUUUCGUUGAGCAAGAGCAGGAUGGUUUGAGCACAAUCGGACAUAGAACGGUAUCGGAACGAACUUCUGCCAUAGUGAAGACUGAUGCAUAUGGGAAUGCUCAGGGUGAAAGCCACAACCAGCUUCCAGAACUACCUCCUUAUCCACCUCGACCAGCAGCACCUCUACAUGUAGUUGAUCCGGCUGCCUCACAGCAUAGCAGUCAGCCAAUCAAAUACUCGAUGGGCGGGUUCCGUGAUAUAUCUCGUACGCAUCGUUAUGGAUACAUUCCUUCUGAUGUACCUCCUCGAUUCUCGCCAAUGACAGCGCCAACAGCUGGCAUUGGUGUCAGCACAUAUAAGUCCAGAGAAGGAGCGGUUGGUGAAAAGGUAAACACAUAUAGCCAGUUUGCUCGCAAUACAACUCAUCCGUCGGCAUUAGCUACCUCAACGCCUGUGGACUCCCCUGUGGGGACAGGCUUUUCUCAAAAGAAUAGUGGAGUUCCAAUUUUUGACGACUCAUUCAUCAGCGCUAUCACCACUGGCAGUCGCCCAAAUAAUGCGCAUGAGGAGUAUAAACGCCAAAUGACGAAGCUUAACAAUCAGAUCCGUGUGCAGGAGGAACAGAUUGAGAUGACUUUGAAAGUUUUGGCACUUGCACGUAAGAAGCAGAAGUGCAUGCAAGAGCUAUCUGCACAGCGCACUCUUCUUCUGGCACGGGAACGUCUGGACCUUUUGAGAUGUGAAGUCAGCCGUAUCUCUGCUCUUGCGGCUGUACGCAAUCCUCCGCCACCUGUAAGUCGCGAACUGCGCGGCACCAUGACGAUCUCGAACAUCUGCGUCUACCUCAACAGAAGUUUUUGCCAACGACAGUAUGAACAAGAGUCCUCUUAUGCUCUUCUAAUUCUUCUCAAAUGUGGUUCUGAAGUGGAAGCAACAGGACCUGUAUCGCUACUAGCGCACACUCAGAAUCGUGUCCGUCAGUUGACCUUCGCUGAAAAUGUGCAGUUUUCUAAUUUGCCAGUGGAUUUCAAUGUGGUGCUAGAAGUUUAUGCAAUGAAACUACCCAACAUGAAGAACGUAGAACAAUCAUGUGCAAGCAACAUAGCGAACAAGUGCAAAAAUCUGUUGAGUCCAGCAUUGGUGCACCGUUCAAACCGUCCAACCUAUCAAGAUGGCUCUGAAUUUAUCCGUUGUGGCUAUAUCAUAUUAAACAGAGAUACAGUCGGAUUGAACAAGUUCUAUUUGGAUGAAGCUGAAUAUCCAUUGGAGGGUACGAUCGAAGUAUUUUGCCGCUGCACCACCCUACCACCCGCUAUCGAGGUCGAGAAUAGAGGAUUUUUGGCAAUGUAUCAGACCGUUAGCGAUAUGGGCGCAUGGGAACGAUACUGGGCUGUUCUUCGCCGUGGCAUGGUUUACUUCUGGCGUUAUCCCAAUGACGAAUCUAUGGAAAAGCGUCCCGUAGCGUUCAUGGAUCUAAGCAAGUGCACGAAUGAUGUGGUGGCAGCAUGCACUCCGGAACAAUGUCCUCGGGAAAAUUCAUUUAGCAUUGAUAUGCUGGUCUCCACCACGCCAUCCAUGAUGGAAAAGAAGCGUGUAUUGUUAUCGGCUGACUCCGAGGAGCUCCUGCAGGCAUGGCUGCAGGCACUGAAUGAAACGUUAGAACUCCAAAGCCCAUUUACGUCUUAG